CUUCCCUCUACAGUAAAUAAGGUUCUCUGGAUCUAAUGUAGAUACUGGUGAACAUGGCCAAAGCCAUGGCAGCAUUUGCCGAAGGGCGUCCUGCCAAGCUGCCCAGGCGCGAGCUGAAGCUGCCAGAGAUGAUUGAAGCCCUACGGCAGCUUCGCACCAAAAAGCCAGCGGAUAAUCAGAUGGUGUCCUUGAGGGAGCAGGACUUGGACCUGCUGAUCACCAAGGCCAGAAGUGUUUUUGCAGACCAGCCAAUGCUGCUGGAGCUUGAUCCUCCAAUGCAGGUGGUGGGAGACGUGCAUGGACAGUACUUCGACCUGCUGCGAAUCUUGGAAUAUGGCGGAGAUCCCGGGCAGCGAAACUAUUUGUUCCUGGGAGACUAUGUGGACAGGGGCAAAAACUCCAUCGAGUGCGUCUCCUUGCUGUUCGCGUACAAGGUGCUGCACCCCGAAAACUUCUUUCUACUUCGUGGCAACCAUGAAUGCGCUUCGAUCAACAGGAUCUACGGCUUCUUCGAUGAGUGCAACCGGCGCUACACCGUGAAGCUGUGGAAGACCUUUGGCGAUGCCUUCAACUGGAUGCCUGUGUGUGCAUCCAUCGAUGACCGGAUCCUGUGCAUGCAUGGUGGCUUGUCCCCAGAACUGGAAGACUUUGAUCAGAUACGAAGCAUUCAGCGUCCUGCGAAUGUCGGGGAAGUUGGGCUUUUGGUCGAUCUCCUGUGGUCGGAUCCAAACCCAAGCGUUGAGCUUUGGGCGGACAAUGAUCGAGGAGUCUCCUUCACCUUUGGCCCAAAGGUUCUGAACACCUUCCUGCAAAGACACAACUUAGACCUCGUUUGUCGUGCCCAUCAAGUUGUGGAGGACGGAUACGAAUUCUUUGCUGGUCGAAGGUUGGUGACGGUCUUUUCGGCUCCCAAUUACUGCAAAGAGUUCGACAACGCAGGUGCCUUGAUGACCAUCGAUCAAGACCUGAGAAUCUCGUUCCACGUUCUGAAGCCAAAUUUGGGUUAAUCCAAGAAAAGAUCCGCCGUUUCACAGAACCAAAUUUGAACGAAUAUGGAACUAU